AUGGAUCCACUGCCGGCUCCUCUCGAUGUGCGGCGUGGCUUGACCGAGGCAAGUUCUGUCUCACGUCGCCUUCACUGGGGGAUCCUCGGUGCCAGCGACAUCUCCUCAGACUGGGCAAAGUGUCUGAAGGAAGUUCCCGGAGCCGAGCUGGUUGCAGUUGCUGCCAGGACGUCGACAGGGCGAAGGAGUUCGCUUCUGCCCACGGCGUUUCAUCCCCGAUCUGCGUACGGCGAUUACAGCGAUCUCCUCGAGAACAAGAAGAUCGACGUCGUUUACAUCGGCACGAUCACGUCCACGCACAAGGACCUCACGUUGCGUGCAAUUGCCGCCGGCAAGCACGUUGUCUGCGAGAAGCCGCUAGCAGAGACUCUCGCAGAUGCCGAGGAGAUGUACCGGGCAGCUGAAGCUAAGGGUGUGAUGCUCCAAGAGGGCAUGUGGCAACGCUUCUUCCCAGCAGUCGACAAGGCACGGGAGUUCAUGGAAGACGGAAGUAUCGGUGACGUGAGCUUGGUUCGUUCAGAGUUCCCAGAUCCUUGCUAUGCUGUCCAGGCGGCUCCUUUUGCAUUCGGCACCCGUGGCUUCAAGGGCGUAGUCGCAACUGGUCCAUUCUCUUCAGGGAGAGAUGCGAGUGCUGCUGUGGCUCAGUUUGACGCGGGCUGUGCGAUGUUCUCGUUCCCGAAGUGGGACAGCGAGUACCCAGAGAAGAUUGAGAUCAUUGGCAGCAAAGGCUGCCUGAGCUUGGAGCAAUGGGGACACUGUCCAACCCGCCUGGUGGUCUCUCUGACACCAGAGCAGUGCCUCCAGGGGCCAUCGGUGCUCGCAGCAGAGGGUGCAAGGGGCGCAGCACCGCACACGUCGAGCUCUCAGUGUGGAAUGCAGCCUAUCCUGAAAACUUUUGACUACACGCGCGGUGGCGGAUCCUUUGCCGGAGCCGGCGGGAGUGCCGGAUCCGAAGUGGCAUUUCUCGAAUCAGCACGGUUUCUUGUACCAGGCCCAGGCGGUCCACAGGUGCAUAGCGGCGGGUCUGAAGCAGUGCCCGCAGUACACGAAGGAAGAGUCCCUCCUGGUGAUGUCGAUUUUGGACGACAUUGCUCAGGCUAA